UUGACAGGUGUACCCGGAAAGAAGUACGACUUUUCGAAAAUGGCGAUCUACGAAAGUCGCUGCCAAAACAGAGGAAAGUAGAGCUGACUUUCGUCCAAGUCCCGACUGGACCGAGCUGUGGGACGGGCUCGGUAAUGCGUAUAUAACGGGAAUAUCAUCUGAUUUAAGGAUGAACGGCGUGAGGAUGGCACGAGAGGAGGACGGUGUGACGGCAGACUCUUACACCGAAAACCUCAUUGGAACGUUGUUAGCUAUCUUUGGAAACCUGUUGGUCAGCAUCUCAGUCAGCAUUCAGAAACAAAGUCAUGUGACGUUGGCAGGAAAUAAAGACCCGAGGCAAUACUACUACACAAAGACCUGGUGGUCUGGCCUGAUGCUGAUGGUUCUGGGGGAGGGCGCCUUGUUUGUGUCUUACGCAUUUGCACCGCUCUCUCUUAUAGCACCACUUAAUGCUGUGUCUGUUAUAUCAAGCUCCAUCUUGGGUUUCCUGUUUUUGCGGGAAAAGUGGAAGGCACAAGAAUUCUUGAAGCGCUACAUCUUAACUUUCCUGGGCUGUGCCUUGACGGCAGGCGGUACUUACCUCUUUGUGACGUUUGGACCAAACUCUCACGAGAAGCUGAAUGCGGAGAACAUAGUAAAACAUGUUAUCGGCUGGCCCUUCCUCUUAUACUUGGUAAUACACACCCUCAUGUUUUAGAAAGUUAUUGUGUGCUUCCAAAUUUUAAAUGGCAAAUA